AUGGGGCUUCUCUUGGGGAGAGGACAACAAACAAGGGACAUAUUAAACCAAAAAGAGAGGAAGGGGAAAAAAUUCCAAAAUAAACAUUCAGGUGGAUUCCCUAAAUGGUCUCGCUUGCUCACUCCACGCUUGAAGCUCCUUUUGGAAUCAGGAUUGCAUCCUUUCCAGCACUCGUUGCCCUUGUUGGAAGGUUGGCUGGCUACCUUCCUGUCUGUACAGCAGUUCAGCAAAGAGGGCGUUCCUGGUGGAUGUGCUUUUGUUCCUGCUCCCUUUCUCUUUUGUUCUCGACAUGCUUUCCCCCCCUCCACCAACUGCGGGGGGCUUUAUGAACUGCGGGGUCAAGAUGGUGGUGAAGAGAGGAUGCUCUCAAGAGGACCCAGCUCUUCUUGCUGCGAACGGCUUAGUUUUGACUACACUGGCAGCUUAGACCUGAUCCUUCUUAAUCGCACUCCAACGAAUUCCAUGAUAGUAAGCCAAUGGCGAGAGAACUGCAAUCUACAUUUCCAGUUGCCUUGA